AAACAUAUGCUCACGAAGUAAUAACUAGCACGUGUCUACUUUCUCUCGAUCCGCAAAACCCUUGUUAAAAUCCAUAUCCUUGUCCUGUUUACUCCCUACCGUUAAAGCUCUCUUUUCACCAUCGCCGGCUUCAUUCUUUCCAUUUCCUUCUUCUAAACACAAUCGAUUUCGCUUUCUGUGAAACCCCCGUACCCACCUUUUUCCCCUUCUUUUAGAUCCUUUUGCGUUGGAGAUCUGUGCUCUCUCUUUCUCUCCCCCAGUUACCUAUUGACAAAAGAUGAAGCCUUGAAGAUGUUGUCCAAGACUUGGUUUUUUCUGAAAACCCAAGUAGCUGGAGUUAUAUUUUACUUGAGCUGGGUUGGUUUAUGUGGAAUUUUGAAUAGGAUUUGAGGUGGGUUCUGAUUAAUUUUGGUGAAAGGAUAAAAGAACAGAUUUUAGUUAGUUGAACUUAACAGUUUACAAAAGUGGCGAAAAUGAGUUUAAGUGCAGCCGAGGAUGAUUCCAGGUCAGAGAUUCAUAUACCAGCAGAUAUAGAUUGGCAUAUGCUUGAUAAAUCCAAGUUCUUUUUUCUUGGUGCCGGUUUAUUUUCAGGUGUAUCAGCUGCUCUUUACCCUAUUGUAGUCUUGAAAACUAGGCAACAAGUUUCAUCUACUCAAAUUUCUUGCUUUAAAAUGUCUUUUUCUAUUAUGAGAUACGAAGGAUUGAGAGGAUUUUAUAGGGGUUUUGGUACCUCUUUGAUGGGGACAAUCCCAGCUCGAGCACUUUACAUGGGAGCCCUUGAGGUCACCAAGAGCAGUGUUGGCACUGCAACUGUUAGUUUAGGAUUUUCAGAUACUACAGCAACUGCUAUAGCUAAUGCUGCUGCUGGGUUGAGUUCGGCUAUGGCUGCACAACUUGUUUGGACCCCCAUUGAUGUUGUGAGCCAAAGACUUAUGGUUCAAGGUUACAACAAUAGUAGCGGUAGCAAAGAUGUAAUUCCAAAUGUGAAUUCUUGUAGAUAUAGGAAUGGUCUCGAUGCGUUUAGGAAGAUUCUGUAUGCAGAUGGUCCUAAAGGAUUGUAUAGGGGAUUUGGGAUCUCAAUAUUGACAUAUGCACCAUCAAAUGCUGUUUGGUGGGCAUCUUACUCUGUUGCAAACAAGCUCAUUUGGGGUGGUUUUGGUUGCUCUGUGCGUAGAAAAGAUAAGAGUGGUGUGAUUGCUGGAUCUGGUUUUAGGCCUGAUUCAAAGGCCUUGGUGGCUGUCCAAGCGUUAAGUGCAGCCAUGGCUAGUGGCGUUUCAGCUUUAAUCACUAUGCCGCUUGACACCAUAAAGACCAGAUUACAGGUUCUGGAUAGAGAAGAGAAUGGGAUAAGAAAACCUUCGACAAUUUUGCAGACAGUGCGGAAUUUGGUUAAAGAAGGUGGAUUGGCCGCUUGUUACAGGGGACUGGGACCAAGAUGGGCUUCAAUGUCUGUGUCUGCAACAACCAUGAUCACUACCUAUGAGUUCUUGAAACGGUUAUCAACUAAGAGCCAAGAAAGCUUGACAUCAUGAUCACCUGCAUAUUAAUGUAAAUCGUGUGUCUAGCGCUUUUUCUUUCUUUUUCAUAUGGGUCACUCUGUAACAGUGUAUCUUUCGGUUCUCAAUCUAUUAUAUUUCAAUCACUUACCGCUCCAAA